CGGUAAAUCCGGGUCAAGCGACAAGAAUCAGGUGGUUGGGAGGAUGUUUAAUUAGCCAAGUUGGUGUUUGAUUCUGGGACAAAUUCUCCGACUUGCUAACAGUCAAGAUGUAUAAAAUUAAACAGAUUUUAACCGUGUUCCUGGUGCUUGUUUUAACAGCCGUUUCUGCUCAAAAUGGACAAGAAAAGGAACUGGAUGAAUGUAGUCGGGGUUUAAGAAGAGCGCACCCAACACAAGAAAAUGGCUACCAAAUAUUCGUUAGAUCAGGUGGACAUUCACAGUGGUUAGACAGACAAUGUUCACAAUAUCAAAUAUAUGAACAGCGUGUUUGUGGGUGUUUAGAACCGGACAAUUCACCAAUAGAAUUACCACAACCAAGGCAAGAUAACAGUUUCCAGGCUGAGAAUGGUAACCAGGAAGUUGCCGUUAUCCCGGACGCCGAUGGCAACUGUGCGUUCCACAGAAACAGUAACUAUGAUCCAUCUAAAUACGAACGAUUUAGUGAAAACGGUUGGGUGGAGGAAGAUUGUAACUGGCCAUUUUAUACCGGUUUAAUCUGGGAUCAGGAAAAUUGCCGAUGUGAAUGGGGACCAAAUCCAUCUUUCCCUAAGCUUGUGGAUAAUGAUGUUGUUUUUGUCCCAGCACCUUGUCUUCUCAUGUUGAAUAUGACAUUUGAUGACGCCAUUAAAGAUGAAGGUAGAGAUUUAUGGUUGAAGAGAAACACUAAAGAUUCGACCGACAUUGUGUCAGAUCCAGGAGCAAUCGGGAGAGCAGGUCGAUUCCAGGGAGAUAACUCUAACAUCGCAGUUCCAUUCUUCAAAGGCAAUUCAUUCGGCACUCUGUUCAAAAUGGCAUUCCGUUUCAAGCUUUGUGAUGACCAGCAAGAGUUCAAAAUAGACAAAGCCUGUGAUGGGGGUUCAUCCACACCUUUUGUUUUCACGUUUACCGGUUGGGAUAGUAAAUUUACAGUUGCCAUGGAGACUAUGAAUACUAUUGGACCAAUUGUAGAAGAAUGCUUUGUUCCACAAACCAACAAUGGUUGGAACAGUGUAGUCAUGAUUUAUCAAGAUAACUUUCUAGAAGUCAUGAUCAACGAUUCACCCUGUAUUUCAUCAGAAAAAUAUUCAGGUGAAGUGAAGACGUCUGAAUGCCCUAUUAAUUUCCCCGGUGCAAAUUUCUGUGGAAUGAUGGAUGAGUUUUAUAUCACAAGAGGUUGUCGAUAUUAACCAAGAGGGGCAGGAAUAGCCAAUUAAUUCGGUUUUACUCACAUUGAGAAGAGAAUUACAUCUACUACUUAAUUCAUUAUAAGACUUUAAAACUUGUAUAUUAUUAUUGUCAUCUGUUAAAUAUUGCUCCUAUUUUUAAUAUUUUUAGAUUCGUUAAUAAAUAUAAGAAUGCUUUAUGUAUUCAAGUAGACCUUUAA